UGGCCUGAGCCGCCCCUGCCCCUCAGACUCCAGCAUGGAGGCCCUAACGCUAAACCUGACAGAGGUGGUGAAAAGACAGAACCCCAAGUCUAAGAAGGGCUUCAACCAGAUUAGCACGUCACAGAUCAAAGUGGACAAGGUGCAGAUCAUCGGCUCCAAUGGCUGCCCCUUCGCCGUGUGCCUGGACCAGGAUGAGAGGAAGAUCCUGCAGAGUGUGGUCCGGUGUGAGGUCUCACCUUGCUACAAGCCAGAGAAGAGCAGCCUCCACCCCCAACCCCAGAGGACCCCAGACCCGCCAGCCCAGGCCCCGCCGGACCUCUGCUCCCUCCUCUGCCUGCCCAUCAUGACGUUCAGUGGAGCUCUGCCCUAGUGGGGCCCUCACCAGCCUGGACAGGAAGCCCUGGGCAGGCAGCCUCCUGGGAGGCCCUCCCCACACGGUGGCCUCGAGGGUCUCGCUCCCUCUGGGGAACUAGAUGGCCCUCUGUUGGAUCAGGCCCUGCUAUGGGUCCUGCAGUGGACAGUGGGCAGGGGAUUGGUGGUUUCUGGGCCCUCAGGCUGUGUUUAGGAAAGACACAGGCAUUAGGGAGAGAGCGGCUGGCCACACUGCCCCUCAGAUUCCUCACGGUAGAGAGGAGAGGGAUGGAUGAGCUGACCUCCAGAGGCCCCGGCCACUGGUGUGGUCUAGGAUCCUUUCUAGAAAGAUCUGAGGCUCUGGUGCUCUGGGGUGUGGUUUAGGCCUCCUCUCCCAAUGCUUGGCUGGACCCCCCGCCUUAGUCUGUCAAAAUCUUGGGGGGCCCUUUGUAUCUGGGGUUCAGUCCCCUCUACUCUGGGGCUCAGGUGGUAGUAACAAGACUAGGAAUUUCUUUCCAGACCUUCAGUACCACCCCAUCUCUUUCUCUCUCUCUCUCUCUCUCUCCCCCCCCCGCCCCGUGUCUCACAAGUUCCCUGGGUCUUCUGAAAAACAGCACUAAUACUUUACCUGUCUACUCUCAGCCCCUGGAACAUAUUCUCUCAGGAGCCCCUUUCUAGAUCUGAGAGCCUUGGGAGACAGGACAGGCAUAGAUUCAACAGCUCGGUUACCUUCUAGCUCAGUGACCAGAAGGAAGUGAAUUAGCUUCUCCGAGCCUCCACAUCCUCAGCACUAAGACCUUCAGGGGUUGAAAAGCAAUCGUCCGCUAAGCACCUGGCCCAGUGGCUGGCUCAUAGCUGGGGCUCAGUACAGAUGAGUGGCCUCACCCUUAAGCGCCAGCGCCCCCCCUGCCUGGCACUGGGACACGCUCAUGGCCUCUGGGAUGCUCUUCAUUCACCCUUGAGGCAGAACCGAGACUGAGGGAGUGAGGAGUGGUCAGUUUUACCCUCUGAAGGAGGAAUGGCCUUGGUGAGGCUAGGAGGAGGGUUGCACGGGUAUCCCCAAGCCCUCGCCGACUUCUCUCCCGGGUUGGGCCCCAUGACCCCCGCUCCCACGUCACGCCUUAGGCUGGUGCACAUUGCAUAUAGAGGCUUCCAGCCCCAAAGUUCACUGGCACCAUUCUGGCGUCUGGGCGGGAUCCUGGAGGGGUCGAGGAGAGCCUGGCUGGGGGAAAUGGGUCACAGGACGUGAGAGCCAAAAACGUAAAGCUGGCAGGUCGGAGUGGUUUGGAAGCUGGAAGCAAACGUGGGCUAGGGUGGUAGUGGGGGAGGGCAGGGCUGAGGACCAGGAUUUGGACGGUACAGGUGGAGAAUGUAGCCAUGGAAGAUGAUCGUAUCCUGCUCAGCGCCUCUCCGUCCCCUCCUUCUCCUGCUUCACCCGGCUCCAAAGGUUCUGGGCUUACAGGAGCCCCCGAACCCCAGCCUGGACCACUCACCACUGGAGAGAAGUGAACGGAGCCGGCUCCCACCCUGUGUCACCGUCCCUCCCCUGUCCUCACCAUUUGUACUUGCUCCAGGCUCCAGAGAGCGGUCGGCCAUAUACCUUCCAUAGUCUUCUGUUGGGUGAACAGGCUACUACGUGAUAAACCUAUAUCCAAGAAUAAACGAAUAGAAUUUAAUAUUA